AUGGCGUUAGAGUCAUCCAAAUUCGACCCGAAAGACCUGAAUCUCGUUGCCGCCUUUAGUGACGAAUAUCUUAAGAGACGGCCUCGUAUUCCUCCCACCGUCAGCUUAGCAGAUGGCUUCCAACUAGCAGAAUUGCACCAGUGCGUCGGCCAUCUGGGAUCCAAGUUCCGAGAUAUGGCUCUACAUCGUCUCAUGAAAGAGCAGUGCAGUCUCGCCAACGAUCGUCCUGACUGGCCUGACGCGCCUUCUUCGGCUGAGAAGCCAACAGAUGCCGAGUCUGCUCGUUUUCACAGAGCACUAUAUCGAUUCGAGGCCUACUGCAAGCUCUUCAAAGAUCCCGAAGUUGUACGUUUCAAUCUGGACAUCGUGAACUUCCAGAGAGAGCACUUUUUUGACUACCUGUCACCGUGGGAGAUUGAGCAAUUGGUUGCGACAAGGGAUUUUCUGGCAGCGGUUGUCAUUGGUCCUCCAUUACGUGCGCUCGUGGAGCUUCGUAAGAUUGAGGCUCUGCAGACACACCAUUGCGGCCCUAGAAAUGGGGCUCAAGUCGUGUACUGGACCGCCCCAAUCUUACCUCCCAAUUUAGAGCGCGGCGAUUGUCACAUCAACCAGAACCAGGCUCGGCUGCUAUGCUUCGGGAUCAAGUUUCUCUACAGGGUGUCAACAUCACCGCCAACUCAGUUUUACCAGCUACUUCUCAACCUCCCGCAACAGCCACGGUACGCCAGUUACAACAGAGUUGGCGAGAUUUACUCAUGGUUCACGGAUGCUGUUGAUAGAUGCGUCGAAAUGAGCAACUUGGAACUCCCUAUUAGGAAAGCUCUGUCAUCCUACACUCCGGACGAGUACAAAGAGUAUGUCCGGCAGUCCCUGAUAAGGGCCCGGAAGAAGCCUGGUAUUGGGCAUAUCAAUCUUUUCCAGGGUCAACCUGCAACGAUCCUCGGAUGA